AUGGGUUUCAUUAACUCAUCUAGAGCUCCGAUAGAGCCAAGUUUUGAGCUCAAGGAUUCUCCGCACACAAUGGAUAAAGACCGAGAAGAGAAAUCGGGUUCAGAGGUGGGAGAACUCUCAAAGGUAAAUCACGCCGACAUUGAGGGGGGUGUUGCGCGGGUUGAAGCAGCUCAAGCCGUAUGGGGAACGCAUGGGAAAUAUAUUAUUGUUGCUGGUGAACUAGACAAUUCCACUGUCUACGUCUACCAAAACUACGCCACCUCAUCCUUCGACAAACUCUCUCUGGUUUCAACCCUUGGAACAGCAGGUGCCAUCAUAUUCGCUGUGGUUAAACCACCAAUUGCCAAACUAUCCAACAUCAUCGGUCGAGGCGAAACAUACAUCUUCACCAUCUCAUGUUACCUUGUAGCAUAUAUCCUCAUUGCAUCCGCCAAGUCCUUCAAUGCAUAUGCAGCUGGAUUUGUCUUCUACGCCAUUGGUCAGUCUGGCACAAAUAUCAUGAACGACAUUAUCAUCUCUGAUAUAUCCACCGCAAGAUGGCGAGGCCUAGCAAUCGGCGCCUCCUUCUUCCCGUUCAUAGCCAUGCCCUGGAUCUCAGCUUUCAUCGUCGACAGUGUAGUCCACGGCAUCGGCUGGCGCUGGGGAAUCGGUAUGCUCGCGAUCCUGAUGCCCUUCUGCGCGAGCUUCAUCAUAGCAACUCUGCUGUACUACCAAUCUCGCGCCAAGAAGGCAGGGCUCGUAGCACAGUCUCGGAUCUCCGCGCGCGAAUUCUGCUCGCAGAUAGACCUGGGGGGAACCGUCCUCUUUAGCUGCGGCUUCGCCAUGCUUCUCCUCCCCCUAACCCUAGCCGCCACGACAACAUCCCGCUGGCACACGCCUUACAUCGCCGUUCUCCUGGCGCUGGGCUGCGCGUUCCUGAUGGCGCUGCCAUUCUACGAGAAAUUCGUCGCCAAGUACCCUCUGGUCCCCGUGCACUAUUUCACCAACCCAACCAUCGUCAUGUCCAUGCUGCUCAUCUCGACGGAUUCCAUGGGGUUUGGUGCUACGCACACGUAUCUGUACCCCUGGGUAACAGUCGUGCAUGACUUCGCGGCGCGGGAGGCGACCUUCUACACGUUUACCAACGGAGUCACGCAAUGCACCAGCGGUAUCAUCGCCGGCUUCAUCAUGCUCAAAACGCAGCGCUACAAAUGGCUUCUCAUGGGCGCCGUUGCCAUCCGCCUGGUCGGAUACGGGAUCAUGAUGCGGCUGCGCGGCGCGAACAACACGCCCGCUGAACUGUUCGUCGUGCAACUGAUCCAGGGGAUUGGAAGCGGAGUGAUCCAGACGGCCGUUCUGGUGUCCGCGCAAAUCAUGGUCCCGCAUGCCGAGCUGGCGCAGAUCACAGCGUUGGUGAUAUGCUUCUCGUUCCUGGGCGCGAGUAUCGGGGCGAGUAUCGCGGGUGGCAUUUAUACAGGGACGUUUGGCGAAGCGCUGAAACGACAUCUGGGGGAUGAAGCUACGCGGGCGUUGAUUGACGAGUUGCUUAAUUCGAUUACGGGGGUUUUGCCGAGAUGGGGAUCGAUGGAGAGAAUCGCUAUUGAUUAUGCUGCAAGUACUUCCUCUCCACCUCCUCUCCAUCUUCCUCCCCAACUUCCUCCUCCCAAGUCUUCAACUUACAACCAGCACACCUCCAACUCCAACUAA